UCUCUCUCUCUCUCUCUCUCUCUCUUUUCCUCCCUCCCUACCUCUCUUACACACACAGAUAACUGAGAUAAGCAAGUCCUGCAAGACCCACAUUCUUUUUGCUCUUUCAGGCCUUUUCAGGCGGUUCACAGCCAGAAGUAGGGAAAAAUGGCUCAAAUCUUGGCACCCUCUUCGCAAUGGCAGAUGAGAAUACCAAAAAACUCAGCGCCUGCAAGUCCCAUGACAGCAGAGAUGUGGAGUUCUCUACUGUUGAAGCAGAACAAGAAAGGAACAGCAAAAAACACUGCCAGAUUUAGAGUGUUUGCUGUGCAGUCUGAGAAUAGCACUAUCAAUAGGCUAGAGAAUCUUCUAAAUUUGGACAUUACCGCAUACACUGACAAGAUCAUUGCUGAGUAUAUUUGGAUUGGUGGAUCUGGUAUUGAUGUCCGAAGCAAGUCAAGGACAAUUGCAAAGCCUGUGGAACAUCCUUCAGAACUUCCCAAGUGGAACUACGAUGGUUCAAGUACAGGACAAGCAUCAGGAGAAGACAGUGAAGUUAUUCUAUAUCCCCAGGCAAUUUUUAAGGAUCCAUUCCGUGGAGGUAACAAUAUCUUGGUAAUCUGUGAUUCAUACACACCAGCAGGUGAGCCCAUCCCUACAAACAAACGCCACCGUGCAGCUGAGAUUUUCUGUAACAAGAGGGUUGUAGAUUAAGUGCCAUGGUUUGGGAUAGAGCAAGAGUACACCUUACUUCAACCAAAUGUAAAGUGGCCUUUGGGCUGGCCUGUUGGAGCUUAUCCUGGUCCUCAGGGUCCUUACUACUGCGGGGCUGGGGCUGAUAAAUCUUUUGGUCGUGACAUAUCAGAUGCUCAUUACAAGGCCUGUUUAUAUGCUGGAAUUAACAUUAGUGGCACCAAUGGGGAGGUUAUGCCUGGCCAGUGGGAGUAUCAGGUGGGACCCAGUGUAGGAAUUGAUGCUGGAGAUCAUAUCUGGUGUUCCAGAUACAUUCUUGAGAGAAUCACUGAACAAGCUGGUGUUGUUCUCACACUUGAUCCAAAACCAAUAGAGGGUGAUUGGAAUGGUGCAGGAUGUCACACCAAUUACAGCACAAAGAGUAUGAGGGAGGAUGGCGGCUAUGAAGUGAUAAAGAAAGCAAUCUUGAAUCUAUCACUUCGCCAUAAAGAUCACAUUAGUGCUUAUGGUGAAGGAAAUGAGAGAAGGUUGACCGGAAAGCAUGAAACAGCCAACAUUAACACAUUUUCUUGGGGAGUGGCUAAUCGUGGUUGCUCAAUCCGUGUGGGGCGUGAUACUGAGAAGAAGGGUAAAGGUUACUUGGAAGAUCGACGUCCAGCUUCAAACAUGGACCCUUAUGUGGUGAUUUCAUUACUGGCAGAGACUACUAUUUUGUGGGAACCAACACUUGAGGCUGAAGCUCUUGCUGCUCAGAAGUUGGCCUUGAAAGUUUAAUGUUAUUUGGAGGCUGACAGCCUGAAGGACAUAGGAAAUAAUGGCUUGAAUUUAGCUGGCGUGUCCCAAGGAAAGUUCUUUUCUCUCAAUCCUUAGGAAAGAUCUUUGUAAAUAAGGGUCCCAAUGUGAGUAGACUGAUUAUGCCUAAGCUUGUACAAUGGUCUCACAGAUGGAAGACACAUGCAUGAUAGUUCUAAAUUAUUAGUUUCAACUUAUGGGGCACUUAGCUGGUGUUUGAACUGUUGGCAUCCACGACCUUUUUCUCCAGCUUUUUUGACAAUUUAUGGGCAUUUUAACUUGGUGAUAUCACAUUAUAUGUGUGGAAAGCUUCCAAAACAAUCAGAGAAAUCAACUAAAUAAUAAUUUUGAAAUUUGUGAA